GUUUUGUCUUUAAAGGGGCGUGGUAAAUACCCCUCUUCACACAUACACAUAACUUUACUGUAGCACCACGGUGCUCACAAAGCGCUGGUCGACCCUCCGGAGAAGAAGCCAAUUAGCCCCCUCCUGGCGUGAGGAAAUGAAGAGGAGGCUACACAAGAAAUACUUGGUUCUGAUCCUGGCAUAUUCAGGGUUACUUUUGCUAAUACCGUACGUAUUAGAUUACCGGGAUAAAUCCGUUCAUCAUGCGAAACACGGACUAACGCAGCAGCAGCUCAGAUGCCCAGAUUUGGAGAACACGGUGGCGCUGCUGUGGGAUACUAACGGUUACAAAGUUAACGGCAGCGAUGCAGCAGAGAUAACAGUCAACAGGAGCCAGUCUCGGAUACACAUCUAUCUCCACGCCACAUGGAGGACCGGCUCCUCGUUCCUGGGGGAGUUGUUCAACCAGCACCCCGAUGUGUUUUACCUCUACGAGCCGAUGUGGCACAUUUGGCAGGCUCUGUACCCGGGGGAUGCGGGCAGCCUCCAGGGUGCUGUGAGGGACAUGAUGAACGCUCUCUACCGCUGCGACUUCUCCGUCCUCAAACUUUACGCAGGCUCACAAAACAUCACUACGUCGUUCAUUUUUGGAUGGAAAAUGAACAAGGUGAUAUGCUCGGAGCCUUUAUGUGGAGCACACAAGCGGCAUGAGAUUGGCCUGGUGAGGGAGGAUCAGUGCGCAAAAUGCCCGAAACGAGACAUCAGGGAGCUGGAGAAGGAGUGUAAGAAGUACCCAGUGAUGGUGAUCAAAGGAGUCCGGGUUCUGGACUUGAGCACGCUGGUUCCUCUCAUGAGAGAUCCUGCAAUAAACCUACAGGUCAUCCAGCUCUUUAGAGACCCAAGAGCGGUGCACAACUCCCGCUUGAAGUCCAAACAGGCUCUGGUGAAGGAGAGCAUCCAGGUACUGAGGAGUAAGAAGCAGGCUGACAAGUACAAGCGUCUUCUGGUGCCGAGCAACAAGGUGAACCGCGCUGAGAGCUACGUCUCCAGCGCCAUGGAGCUCAUCUGUGACAACUGGCUUAGUGACAUGUUGCUGGUGAUGAACUCUCCUCCCUGGCUGAGGAGGAACUACCUCCGCAUCCGCUACGAGGACUUAGUGCUGCACCCCAUGGAGGAGCUGCAGAGGCUCUACCGCUUCUCCAACCUCUCCACCUUCCCUGCUUUGGAGAAAUUUGCACUCAACAUGACCCAUGGACAGGGGUAUUCAUCAGACCGUCCAUUCCUGAUAUCAUCCAGGGAUGCUAAAGAGGCGAUAUACGCCUGGAGGGAGAGGCUCAAUGUGGAGCAGAUCAAUCAGGUGGAAGCCUACUGCAGUGAAGUGAUGAGGCAGCUGGGAUAUCAGAAGAACAGUGUGGAAAAGACAACAUGAGGAUACGCCCUGAGGAGUCAAUAGAAACAAGGGGCCUGGUAUUCGACACGGAGGGCAGAAGGUGGAAUAACCAAACAGCCAGCAGGAAUGUGGUCCACUGGGAGCUCACAAGAGCGGCUCUUGGGUUGUUUUUCCUCAGCAGAGCCGGGUCGAUGAACUGGAGAAAAUCCAAGUGAAAAGUGCAGCCAAUCACUGACAGACGAAUUAGAAACAGGGGAGAAGGCGGCUUAUUUUUUAUAGUGUUUAACUCCAGCGGUGUCUGUGCUGAUAGAGAGUAGGGGAGGGGUCAUAAACAAGCAGAGAGACGGGAAGCUAGUUUGUGCUGCCAGUACACUCCCCUGCCUCUAUCCUUCUGUCCUUUUAGUAGCACUAAUCCCUCCACAAAUCCCUGCAGGCAAGGCCGCAAAAAGCCCGGGACGAGUCCUCGGGAGGUAGCUGCCAGGAUCCUGGGUGGCAGCUUCAGGUUUGCUUUCACCUGCAUUACUUAUCCGUCCAGCCUGUGACUAAACACGGCAUUACUGAUACCUAACUGCAGUUGGCUCACUAACAAUGCCAAUGUCAGGUUUUGGGAGAAGAAAGUACAGUAUACUCUGAAAAGGAGGCCCGACUGAGGAGCUAUUGUUCCUCCCCCAGCCCCUCAGGAAUCCAGACAGCUGCAGCGCCCCACUGACAAAACGCUCACAUGGGUGUGAAAUUUUCUAAUAUCCCCAGGACGUGUCUUGGAGGGCUGCCUCUGCCCUCUACCAAUGAACUUUCUAGAUAGAUCUCACAUAACAGACUGUAUUUGUUCUGAUUUUUAUCGUACUGAUUUUUUUUUAUAGUUCUUAUCUAAAAUAUUGUAAAAUGCUGCGACAUUCCUCUGGUUCAUGAAGGGGUACGAAGUUUACCAGCAUCCAUGUGUUCAACUUUAGAAGUUGGUUCUGUUAUAAUUGUUCUGGUUGGACUAUCUGAAGAAGUUCUCUUGUCAAAGAAAGACAUAACUUUAAGACUAUUUAAACUGACCUCAAUAAAGAGUUAGUAAAACUGA